CCGGGGCUAAAUAUCACCUUCCCCAAAGCCCUAUUCUUGCGCCCUACCCCUAAGCCCUCAUUUCUGCUCUUGGAAGUUGACAGGCCUACCCCGACCCUCCCUCUUGCGCCCCAGAUGGCCGAAUCUCGAGACGAGCGCCCGUCUUUUGACGAGGCCUCGGCUCUCCCCUCUUUCCCUGAUGAUGAGGGUCCCUUUGACGAGAAGCCGAUCCAUCUACUCGACCAGGACGACAAUGCGUCGCCUCCGGCUACGAAAAAGCGCCGGACGGACGACGCCGCCGGCCCCGACGAUGAGAUCUCCAUGGACCCCCAAUUCCCAGGCUCUGACCAGCAUGGCCCCGGCCACAAAAUCGAAGAAGAACUGGCCAAUGCUUUGGCCGAGGGCAAUGCCAAUGAUCUGCCCCUGACUAAUGGUACUCACGAGAAUCUUGGAUCGGAUCCCUCGGCUGCUGCUACUGUCGCUCAAGACGGAACCUCCAGUUCCAACGCUGAUGUGAACUCGUUGAUUACAGACAUUCUGGAUCAUACAGAAAGACAGGAGGAGACUGUCGCCAUGGGCCCGCAGGAGAUACCCCCCUCUGGAGAUUUCCCAGGCGCCAAAGGCUACGCGUUCUUGAAUCUGAAGGCCAACAGCCACCUGAAGAUUCAGAGCUUGCCCAUCUUGGACAAUCUGUCCACUCAGAUCCUUUCGUUCUUGUCCAAGAACACCUACCAAGACCUUACCGCGAUGGUGUCCGAGCCCGAUUCUGAGAACGGCCAGGCGUAUGCGACUAUGCGCUCCUUGUUCGAUCACACCAAACGAGUCUACACCAUCAAACGCUCUUUCCUUCAAUCUACCGAUAUCGAGGUAACCGAUUCGUCCCAGCUGGAUGUCCUUCGCAAGGCCAACCUGGCCUCCUUUGUAUCGAGCAUCUUCGGCUCCCAGGAAAUUGGAUUCGCCGAGUUGAAUGAGCACUUUUUGGACGUCUUCGUUCCGGAAGGUGGCCGUUUGCUGAAAGUCCAGGCGGCUUUGUACCUAGAGCUGAAAACUCAGGCAUUCAUCGCUGCCAUGAACACCAAGUCUCGCACCCGGACCCAGCUUCUGUAUGAACUGUUCCCGGAUGAUAUGGAGCAGCGAUUGCUUGCUAGACGCCCCGGUACUCGCCAGCUGGCUCCCAGUGAAACCGAUUUUGUCAACCGACUCACCUCUCGCCGGGACAUUCUCCUCAAUGACAUCAACAACGAGGAAGCGUUGAAGGCACUCCCGGACAAGUACCAUUGGGAGGAUUUCCUGCGCGAUCUGAGCUCUUACAUCGCGAAGAACUUUGACGCGAUCAAUACUCAGCAGGGAAAGAAGCCUAUCAAGGGCCGUCAACCAUCCAGCUCCAAUGGUGAUGCACAGGAGACGCCCAGCACUACACACCAGGGCCAAUUCCCUGUCAACCAGCCGGUUGAGGUACCGGUUGACCGCAACAUGCACGGUGAUCUGGUAGCUCGAGCUGCCCGCGCCGCUCAAAUUGCUCUCCAGGGCCACGGUCUUCGGCAUGCAGCAUCAGCAGCAACAGCCACAGCCACAGUCCCAGGCAAGCCCAUCCCCCUCACAGCUUCCUGCGCUGCCAACCCACCAGCAACAGCAGCAUCAGCAACCCCCCAACAACAGCAACCGCCCCAGGCUCAACCCCAGCCACAGCAUACUGCCCAGGGUGACAACCAGUACCUCCACGGAUAUACUGCCGCCCAGCAAUCCGGACAACCUCCCCAACAGCAGCAGUAUCAUCAUAGCCCCACCCCGCCUGGAGGAUAUCAACAGUCUCCUGGAGGCUUGGCAUUCCAGCAGAGUCCAUUGCAGGCCAACUUCCAGCAGUACAAUCCUAAUGCCGCCCAGGUCAUGCAGGCGCGCGCCAAUGGAAUGUCCCCCGGCAACCACGGAUACAUGCCAGGGAUCCCCCACUAUUCCCAAUCGCAGCCAACUCAAGUGCUCUACGAGAGAGCCCGCAUGGCGGCCUCUGCCAAAUCUUCUCCCACUAGCCGAAAGACUGGUCUGCCCAGCCAACGCCGCCCGUGGACCACUGAGGAAGAGAAUGCCUUGAUGGCGGGUCUGGACCGCGUGAAGGGUCCUCAUUGGAGUCAGAUUCUAGCCAUGUUUGGCCCCGGAGGAACUAUCAGUGAAGCCUUGAAGGACCGCAAUCAGGUUCAGCUUAAGGAUAAGGCCCGCAAUCUGAAGCUUUUCUUCUUGAAGAGCGGGAUCGAGGUGCCUUACUAUCUGAAGUUUGUCACUGGUGAGCUCAAGACUCGGGCUCCCGCCCAGGCUGCCAAGCGCGAGGCUCGUGAGCGACAAAAGAAGCAAGGCGAGGAAGACAAGGCCCACGUUGAGGGCAUCAAGGGCAUGAUGGCGCUCGCUGGGGCUCAUGCAUCCCCCGUUGGAGGCCACGAGAUGUCUGCUUCGCCCAGCUUGCCUCCGGAUGCGAAUGCCCAGUCCAUGUUUGAUCAGACUGCUGAACAGAAUCUGAUGCAGACUCUGAGCCAGGAGGUCCACGGCAGCCAAUAUCCACAGCAGCAUCCUCCACCCACUCCGGAUCAUCAUAUUGAUCCUCACAUGCAACUGGGACAGUAG